AGGGGGAGGGGAAGUCCCCUUUUUCUUGUUAAUGCAACCUCCCCAAAACCAAGCUAAUCCCUCUUCAUUCGGAAGCACAUCAAAUCUGACUCCAUUCUUACUCAGCCUCCAAAAAUCCUUUUCUUCCUUUUUAUUCAAUCCCACUUCCGGGAAAACAAUCUUUUAUUGAUUUACAGAUUCAUCAUAUAGUUUUCCCGGAGAAUUGAAAUCUAUCUUUCAACCCUCAAAUAUGGCAUCAUUAAAAAUCCAUCCUAGAACCCAUUCAUUGAUUCAUGUAAACAAACCCAAUUUAAUUUCUGAUUUGAACUUGACGACUUGUCUCUCAGUUUCUAAAAGGGUGUCUUCUCAUCGUGUUUCUGCUUCUCUAUCUCUAUCAAAUCCACCUUCUAAUUCAGGCGGAGUUGUCAAAGAAGAUCAGAAAAGGUCAGAAGCUGUAUUAUCUGGUAAGCUUGACGAAUGGAUGAAGGAAUCAAUGGUGGAUAUUGUAAAGAAUUUGAAGCAAGCGCCGUUAUUGGUCCACGUUUACGAUGGUGAAGGACAAGUGAAGAUCAAGACAGAGAGAGCCGUAGCGGAAAAUUGGCCGGUGGUGAAAAGUGAAUGGAAAAGUGGAGAAAAAAGAUGCCCAGAUGGGCUUAUUUUUAUUGAAGAAGUUGGAACUGAAGAAGAAUUAAGAGAUGGCAAAAUUGCAGAAGAAUCAGAGGAAGGUAUAACAAAAGCAUGGGGAGUAGUAGUACAAGGGAAAGGGGUAGAAUGUUCACCAGCUUGUUAUUUGUUGAAGACGAGUAGAGUUGGUGCUGGUUUAGGAAUGGGAUUGUUUUGUACUCAUUUCUGUUUAGCAAGAGUACAGAAUUUUAGGGACAGUGCUCUUGGACAGCUUAAAGAUUGUUGGUUGUUGCAAUAACUGAUUGAAUUUUUCUCAAGGGGAAAAAAAUUGUGAUUAUGUCUAAGAUUGUUGAAAUGUAAAGGUUUUACUGAAAGUAAUACUACUAAUGGACUGAUGCUUUUGAGUAGA